AUGGCGGUAAGAAAAAAGGUUGGUGCUCCUGACUGGAAAUACUACGAAUCUCCUGACACUGUCGCUCUUUUUGAGCCAGUUAAAAACUACCUUCUCAAGAAUUGUAAAAAGGUAAUCAUUAUGUAGUUUUGCAUGACCAUCACUAAACGGAUUGUCUUAUAAACCUGUUCGAUGAAUACGAUCACAUGGUUUUGAAUUUGACAAAGCGAUUGUUUUCAAUAUUAUAUUCCCACUUUCUUGAAGUGCUUUGAUUGCUGUUUUAUCCUUGAAUUAGUAUGUGCAGAUGGAACCACCGACAAACAAAACGUUGGCCACACUUACGGCGCAGUUAUUACAAUUUCAAGAGGUAAGAUUUCAUAAAUAACCUACAUGUAUGAUAUUUUACAGCUGUAGUUAUACAGAGGCCGGUUUGUAAUAAUUCUAAUUGAUUGGAACGAUAACAUGUACUAAAGGUCUUUAUAAUGUAAAGCUGCUAAAGUUAGAGUUUAACGUGUCGGAUGAAUGUCCACAGUUGAGGAUAUAAUUUAAAUUAAAUGUCAUGUACAUGUAUAAGCUGAAAAAAAUCUUUUGGUAUAGGGACGUUCCAUUUUUAUUCCGAUCUAUUUUAUUCCGAUACUCCAGCAGUGUAGUCUGAUACUUAAAUCGAUGAUAACCCCAUGGUUCUUGAAGAAUUUGUUAAAGGAUUUGAGGAAAGAGUGUAUUUAAAGCCUUGUUGUUUUCAAUGCAAAGGAAGUCAGUGGAGUUUAUUAACAAAGUCCAUCUCUGAGGUACAAAUCCUAGCAUAUCUCACUUGUUGAGAUAAUCAUAUAUAAAAUCCAUAGGAUGUUUGUAUGGGUGGGGAUGUUGCUGUACAUGUAAAUAUGUGGAAAAUGGACAAUUCAGACUGCAAAGUGUAUUUGUUCUGCCUUCUACAAUGUACUCAUGUUACAACACUGUACCUGCUCCUGUUACAGAACUACAUGUACAUAUCAAAUGUACAGUGGAACCCAGAUACAGCUUCAGUUACAUGUAUAAAACAAAGUUUGCUAUAGUGUAUGUUACAGGUCAAAUUUAUUUUUAGUUUUUUUUUUUAAUGUAUGUGUAGUUGAUUUUUGUUGUUGUUGUUCAAACUAUUGUAGUUCUAAACCAAAUGACUUUUUUUUAUGUCAGUGUUUUUGGAAAUAAGAUUUAAGAGGUAUUCAAAUUGCAGAAGAGUUAUUGUAAUCUAAAUUCUAUCUAAUUUUGUUAUUAGGAUAACUUUGGUAAAGAUGCUAGCAAGCAAGCUCUUCUGACAAAACUUCCUGUAAGUUCAUAUCAUAGCAUUUUUUUACUAUUAUUAUUAAAACAAGGCUUGAUGUUUGUAUAAAGUACAGUGGAUGCUAUAGGUUUUUUCAUAUUUCCUACAGUCUGUGGAUCUAUUACAGCAAAGAGCUCAAAAUUGUGACCACUUUUGAUUUAUUUACAUUUUUCGUACAGAUUUAAUCCAAUCAGAAGCCAGCUGGAAACUGUUCUCGACUUCUGAUUGUUUAAUGUCUGCGUGAAAGAAUGUGAGUUUAUUAACGGAGGUCACUUUUGGGCUCCUUGCUGUAAUUUCAUACUUGUAUAGUGUAUAUCAAUUAGUAUAAUUUUAUAAUUAUAUGUUGUGGUUCAGUUUUAUCCUUGGUUUAAAUUUUAUUUUUCUUUAUCUCAAACUUAUUAUCAUACAUUACCAUACCCAAAAACAAAGGGAAAUAAAAUUUAAACUAAGGAUGAAAUUGAACCACAACAUAUACUUUCAUGAGUCUGAAACAGAAAUGCAUGGUGCUUUAGUUUUCUCUUGGACAGCUAGCGGUAGGAAACUCUAGAAAAACUAGCUAACUAACAGGCAAAACAAACAAACAUUAACAACAACAACAACAACAAAUUCCAUGCUGGGCAUCCUACAGGAUUCCACAGGUUAGGAGUGCUAAGUUCCCUUUGAUUUUUCUUAGCACACAGGGUUCUUGAACAUAACUAUUAAUUAAUAAUUACAGUGCCUGUACAUGGAAAGUAAAGAAAAUAAAUAUCUUUAUUUAUAGAUGAAGUUGUUUAUGGAUUACUCUUCUGGAGGGAGCCUUUGUGUCAUUCUUGCUAAUGUGUUUAAAACCAAACUGGAACAAGGAUGGUAAGUAGAGUGGCUUGACUGUGUCAACCAAUUAAUUUUUUAUUAUUGAUUAGUCCAUUACAUGUAAACUGUUUUUAGUAAUUUACAAUGUAUAAUGAUAUAAUUACCAUUUAUUCACCAAGAGUGAGGUCAUUACAGGGAAAUCUCAGACCGAGGCCUAGCUAGGUCAAUACAUCAAGCCUGAGGACUGAGAUUUCCCUGUAGUGACAGAACGGAUUAGGUUACAUGUAAAAAGUCCCGCUGGUCAAUGGAUAACCUAAAAAACAUUAGUCAACUCAAUGAGUUGUACACUUGAGCCUGCGAUACAGUGAUGUAACAGCUGUCAAUUGGCUAUCACAUCCAUGGAUGUCCAUAAGGAUAUCCACUAUCAAGUUAAACACAGAUUGUAUAAAAUUAUGUAAAAAUUAUGCCUUGGACAUCUAGCUAGUAAUGCCCGGUCAUUACAAGAAAAUAAUGUCCACUUAGCAGCCAAUCAGAGCACACAUACCAUUGUAGGCAUAAAAUAAGUUAUCAUAAAUCUGGCUUUGGUUUAUAUGCAGGAGAAGGUUUGACUUCCAGUCUCCCUCACGCAUGGACAGAAAUGUCGAGCUGUUCUUAAAUAUGGAAAAAGCACUCAAAGAGGUACAGUGUAUGUUGAGUCUGUGGGUAUUAUACAGAUUUUUAGUGUACAAUUUGAGCAUCAAAAAUGUCAUAUAAUAAAUUAUUAAUAUGGGUAAUCAAAUGUUGACGAGUAAAAUUAAGUAAUGAUUUCAUGCACAUUUUGUCCAAAUCGUAAUAUUUUCAAUUGCCUAGCCGUUAGGCAAGGGAAAAUACAUGUAUUUAACAAACUCAACUGAAGUUAUACUUGAGAUACUUUUUUAGAUAGAUGGUCAUUUUACUAUAUAUUUUGCUGUUACUUGUCCUUUGUAAUCUUUGUAAUCAUAUGUUAUUGAUGCUGUGCUUAUUUUUGUAGGCAAAGUUAUUGACCGUCCCACAAGUCUUCAUAACACCUGAUCUUGAUCUGAGACUUGCAUCCAGGCUAAAGGACAUUGUCAAAAGACACAAUGUAAGGUCCCAGCUUAUUUGCAUUACUUACUUUUUUUGGAACUGCUUCUUGUACGUAUACUUAACACUUUAACUCUUGAUGUUGAGCAUGAAAGAAGUAAAAAAAUAUUCAAAUUUCAUUUUGUAAAAUCCAGCUGUACUAACGUUUUGCCAAAGAUGCUAAAAUUGAUGCUGAAUUCCUACAUCCCUGUCUUUACAUUAUUAAAGUGGUUGCAAUGUCAUUCUCUAUUAGUUCAUUUGAUUGUAGUACUCACAUAUAAUGUAGUACUUAGUUAUGACUGUCUUAAUUGUCCAUAGUUGAUUUUCAGUAAGAUUGGAAUUCAGAAAAUUACACUGUAAACCUUAUGCUCUAGUCAUUCAAUAGCGGGAUUGUCCUAUCCACCAGGUAAAUCACUCUCCAGGAGAUAAGAGUCAAGGAAACAAAAAUAAUGUCUUACUCAGUGGCUUGUGAUUAUUAAUUUUUAUCUGGUGUGGUUGUCUACCCCUUGAACAUCUGGGGCAAGACAUUUUUUUGCCCCCAUCGAUCAACAGAAUAUUAAUUUAUAUUGGCAUAAGUAUUAUAAAAUAAUGUGCCGAUUUUCCCUUAUUAUUAACUGGUACUUUCAAUCUCGUCCUCUAUAAUGUAUUCUUUAUUGUGGUUUAAUCAUGUUAAAAUUUCCCUUGUAGUUACACUAUAUUAUAAUUAAAUAUUGAUUUUUCCCAACCUAUUAGGGGACCAUUACAGAUGAUAAAUCUAGUGCAACUCACAUUGUUCAUGGACCUCCCCCACCCUUUCCAGAAGGUAACUGUUUGUUUACCAUGUACAUGUAUUUGAUCACAUUACAAAUUUAAAGUACAGUAAUGAUUCGCUACAGCAGUUUGGGUUGAAAUCAAAAGAUGCCUUUCAUAGCUUCAGCACAGGAUUCAGCACAUGUGGUUAAUAAUUUAUUUCAAACAAACAAUGAAAAAAAUAUAUUGUAGCGAGUGAGGUAUUUCAUAGGUCUUCUAGGGAUGGGUUGCUUUAUUUUGGGAAAUGAAAACCUGAGAUUUAACUCUCAGGAGUGGUUGUGGUGGCUUCCCUUGAAAUUUUAUGACAUUACUUUUUCGUGGUACCAGGAAAAAGUGGUUAGAAAAAGUUAUAUUUUCCAAGGUCAAUUAGUAGCUACAGUGUACCUUCAUAAUAAUAAUACACAACAAUAACAAGGUGCAGAUGUACAUGCACAUUUACUGAAACAGACUUUUGGCCUUUUUUUUUUUUUUGCUCAGAGGAGUGGCUUAGACCCUUGUUAAGGCAAGACAAGCAAGUCCUUGUACACUGGUGGUACUACCCUGACAGGUGUGUGUUUAACUGUUAAGUCAAGUUGCAAUGCCAGCAUGUAAAGAAAGUGGUGUCCGAUACCCUGGGGCUAGUGGAUUUUGCCGUCAGGCCACUGAAUUCUGUUCUUAACUUGCCUGAUGGGCAAAGUAUUUUUUUGGGGGGGAAUUCAAUUACAGAAGAAUUGCAAUCAAUCCUACUCGUCAAUUUUCUUUUUUUUUUUUGGGAGGGGGGCUAAUUGAAAUGACUUUUGGGCUAGUACAUGAUGCUAGGUACAGCUUGCCUGAAUGGGAAGCUCUAAACUGACUGUCUUUGCACCCUGCAAUGCCCAAUUUGUACAUGAUAGUGUGUUUUAAUAGUAUUAUUCUAGACUUAUGAUUGAGGCUGAGUAUCUUAUGAAGAAUUAUGCAGAUCGAGGAGGGUGUUAUCCAUCAAGGCCGUAGGCUGAGGCAGACAACACUCUCCAAGAUUUCCAUAAUUCUUCAUAAUUAUGAUACGAAAGCCGAAUUCAAUAAUUGUUUUAUUAUUCAUUCAAAAUAAUUCCUAGUUUAAAAAUAAAGCUAAAACAUGCUUACCUCCAUUGAUGUUAAGUUUACCUUCGAUAGUGCAUGUUUAUGGUUGUUCAGCUUCACAAAUAUUCUCCAAAUAGCAGAUGUUGCCCUUUGAGUUGUGUUCUUGCUGUUCUUGCCAUGUUUUUAGCUAUAAUUUCGCCCAGUUCUUACUCUUGACAUGAGUGAAAUGUUCGACAUUUUUUUGUUUUCUUAACCAAAACAACUCAACCUGGUCCCGAGGUCUUCUCGGUUAAUGGUGCAUUAACCUGCAAAAACGCUUCAUUUUUGAUGUCAUUUCCUCUUUAAAUACAAAAUUCUUCCAAAUUUGAUCAUCAGUAACUGGUUAUGGAGAAUUAUGCGUUUGCUUUUAGCCAAUCAGAAUCGGGGAAAUAUUUUGAAUGAAUAAUAAUUUCUUUUAUGAAUUUUUUUUUUUUUGGGGGUGGGGGGGGUGUUGAUGGGGAGAUUAAAGAGCGGGGGUGCAUCAGAUCAAUCUUUCGUAGUCAACAUUGCAUUAGGCAUUCAUUAACAUGAUUAUCAUUUUGCAAAUAAUUAUGUGGCAAAUUAGCUGCUGAACAUAAUGAAGGGCUCAUCCUCUCCAAAAAGGAAAUGAUUAUUCUUUGGGCCAGGGAAUAAUAAUAUUACGUUCUGCAUGGAGCCUGUUGAUUGUAAAUAUCAUUCCUGCAGACUGGUGUGAAAUCCUUAGGAGGAAGACAGAGACAAGAAGCUUGAAAAACAUUUAAUUUUUACUAACAGUCCUUUAAUUGACAAUAAUUAAAUAUUCAGUGUGGAUUGAUUACUAUGAUUAUCUUUGUAAACUGUAGUUAUGAUACUUGGGUGCCAUCCGGUGAUAUUGAAGAUGAACCUCAACCUGAGCCCCAGCAUCCAGGACCCUGGCAGGUAAUAAAAGCCCUCCCAUGUGCACCCUUUAGUAUUGUUCUAAUGUGACGAAAAAUAUCCAUGGGGUAGUUUUAUAUAGUUGGCAAGUAAUUAGCUGAUGGUGGGCAAUUGAUUGUUUUGACAUUAUUUACAACUUGUCUUCUCUUCUCGCAAAUUCCGAGUGUUAUUUAAACUGAAACUUUUGGGGGGUGACUUUUCAAUCCAGGUAAAUGCACGAUGGCUUACAGACCUUGAUGUGUUUAAUGAGUGGAUGAAUGAAGAAGACUAUGAACUAGCAGACGCUGAUGGCAGUGUAAGUGGUCAAUAUUACACUUAUAUUCACUUUUAUCUAGUUUAAAAAGAAAAUCCUGUUCGAAGACUGGGAUAAAUAGUUGUUGUUGUCAUUAUUAUUAUGGUAUUAUUAUUGUUGUUGUUGUUGGUAUUAUUAUUAUUAUUAUUAUGAAUGAUAAUUUGGAAAAUUAAGAGUCCAAAUAGUGAAUAUUAAUUUUAAAAUCUGGCAUAUUUCUCAUCAUAAGGAAAACGUCUGGUUGUUUCCAAAGUGUGCUGCGAACAAUGUAGUUUGACAGCUAAUUGCUAGGUUUGACCUUUUUAUCAAUACAUGGUUACUAUACACAGAUUUAACUAAGUCAUUGUUGUAAGUGUUUGGUGUGAGUACCUUGAACAACAAACAAGACACAGAAUACAAAACUGUACAACUGAAAGGGAAAAUGCCAAGCUACAGCAAUUUCACAUUUGCUAUGUUUUAUUUCUUUCAGGGAAACAGAGGAGAAACAGCUUUAGGUAAGUUGCAACAACGAGCCCUGUAUUACUGCUGCCAACCAUUACAUGUACCUUUUUCAGUUGUAAAUCUUUGUUGCUCUAACUGAACUUGCAUUCAGAUCUCACAUUAUUUUUGCCAAUACACUGUAUCUUGUUAUUUAGGAAAAACAAGAAGGAAAAGUCUCAAAUCAGGGGCAAGUUCGGAUGAACAACCCAGUAGCCCUGAUGGAGGUAAUAAAAUAUCAUUACAUUAAUGCAUCAUAAAUUAUUAUUUUAGUAAAUAAACAAGUUUUCCUUAACUGGGCUGUGAUUUUCCCCCGCUACUACAAUGGAGCAUGACCCAGGUUUUAUUAACGGGUUUAAAAAGGUUUAGUCUUGUUUGGCUCUGUAGUUUAGUUCAUCAAGAAUCGCCGCCUUGGUGUUUACACUUCCACUUACAGUGUACUCUGAAGUGGUGCUCCAUCUAGCAUUAUCCUUCAGAUAAAACUGGAAUUGCUACUGUUUAAGCUGAAGAGGAACUCAUCAAAGCAAGGGAAAGAACAAACAAUCAAUUUGACCAAGUUGUUUUGGCACUUCACGUCAUGUGCUUUUAUGUGUAUCAGUGUCAAGUCUGUGUUCUUUGUUGAAAAAAAAAAGGAAUUUUGACUGGUUAGCUUGUGUAAUGUAAUAUUCCAUUUGUUGUACAAUAAUUAAGUUUAGCAAAUCAACAUGCAUGUUCAGAUAUUUAUACUAUGUAGUGGCUGUGACAUGUGGUUUUGUUUAUUUCUGCAGGGAAGCUAAAGAAACGAAAGCGCUCUCCCUCCCCUGAUCAGAAGAAGAAAAAGAAACCGUAAGUAUUGUAGAAUAGACCAAUAAUCUGUCAUUCAACUGAUUAGUAGUCAGUAACAGGGCUCGAAAAAACUUGAAUUUCAACUUCUCCUUUGGGCAAGCAGCUCUCACAUUUUGCUUCCCUGGGGCCACUUCUUGCUGUCUUAGUUAAUGAUUUAGUUAGAAGAUGGCUUGCUUAGACCUUGCCCAUUGGGCAAGUGAAUUUAAAAGUUACUUGCCCCAAAGAAAAUCUGCUUGUCCUGGAUGACUAGACGGGACUUUUUUUCGAGCCCUGCAGUAGAGAGUAAAUGCAUGUAAUGACUUUUCAACCCAAUUAACUUGCUCAGAGCUGUUACUAAGAGCUGGGGGCCAGGGAUUUUCCUCGGCUACUAUGAAACAAAAGGAAAAUAGAACGAAAAGUACUUGGAACCUUGCUGUACAAUUCCUCCCCUACAUGUACUACUCCCAUAUACCCAGCAACUUGAAAUGUUAGCGACAGUCGUGCUAACUUUUCCCUAUGCUUACUUCUUCCCUCCUUCCAAAGUGUUAAGAAUCACGUUUAUUUGUAGCAAAUGGUUUGGCCAACUACAGCUGUAGUUAUGCAUGCAAUUUUCAGGAUGUAAGAACAUUAAAGUCAGCCAGGCCUACAACUAGUUGAAAAGCUGGCUACACCUCUGUAAUGUGUUAAGUGCUUCAACAAAUGUGACAAGUUUGUAGAUCUCCAGUUCGCAAGCUUGACGCACUCAAUAGUCAUCCAUGCCACAUUUUGUACCUUCUCACGAAUAAUAAGUAGAUAAAAUAAUUAAUAAGUAUACUAAGUAAACUUUUAUGAAUGCAUACACUCACUGUGUAUGUAAUUAUGUUGUUGCUGUCAUUUACUUCCCUACCUUCAUGGCAACACCACAGUUCGUUCCUAAGUCUACAUAAUAACAUAACUUAAAAGUAAUUAAAACCUGAUCUUUUUUUUGUUUGACUAAACAGGGCAGCAGCACCAGCCAAUCCUAAGAAGAAGACUGGUAAAGAAGAUGAAAAUGACAGGUACAAACUGAGGAUAAUAAUAAAAUACUUUUUCCUUGAGCUCUGUAAACUGUUACAGUGUACUUAUCAGUUUUGUUUUUGUUUCUUAUUAUGUUUGUAUGUGUGUUACUGGUCUCCCUUGCAGCCAUUUUGUUUUUCUCGUCACGUAACGCAACCUCCCAACAAACUUCUAGUGUGUGACUGUUCAUGUAACUGCUGUGUAAAAUUUCUUCCUUUCAUUCUAGUGAUGAUGCUACCAAAGAUCUUCCUGAUCCAUCUCCUGUCCCUAAUGUAAGCAAAAAACAUAAAUUGGUUUAAAUAAAUACUUAAAUGCCUUCAUCACCGUCAAGUUAGUGUAAUUUUAAAUUUCCAAGAAUCGUGUGGUAUGGACUGCAGUGAACCCAGGUCAUAAAAUGGGUUGUAGAGCACCAGGGAUAUGGACUGUAUUGUUCUAUGUACACUAUGUGGGAUAAUUAGGAAGCUUAAGCAACUACGAUGACGAAGAGGACGAAAAAACAAUAGAUUUAAUGAUCAAAACAACAGCUCUGCACGUGCAUCACGCUUUUUAGUACAUUUCUUUGACGUCCAGUGCACGACUACGACGUGAGACCUCCUAAUUUGACGUUUUAUGGAGGACGUGGACAUACGACGACGAAUUUUCCUUCCUCUUUUUGAACUUGAAUAAAAUCCUUAAGAAUUCAACUCCAGGAAUAGUCCCCUGCAUUUGACAUAUUGAACGGGACCAAACAGACGCGAUUAAGUUUGAAAGAACGCAAAUUCAUUUUUUUAGCGACGUUUUCACCGCCGUCGUCGUCGUCUUUGCUUAAGGUCCCUAAUAGCCAGGGGCACCCAACGAGAAUAUAGUUCAAAACCACUUAAACACAGCAUUGUUAAACGUAUUUUAGUAUUUAAACAGUAGAUAUAGGCAUAUUUUCAUUCCCUAAAAAUUUUCAUCUGUUCGGAUUUCCUAGCUGAAAGUCUAGUGAUCCGAAAAUUAUAGGGAUCAAAACUUACCUUUUCGAAAAUUUCAGCCAGAAAGAGGGCUCCCGAAAAUUCUAGGUGACCUUUUUAGAGGUAAAAAUCCGUUAAAAAUGGACAAUUAUACCAUUUUUUCGAUGUUCGAAAAUCCUUGGAGAGGCAGGCAAGCAAGAAGUUUUACAACAAAUGUUCCGAAAACUCUAGAUUUCAAAUCGUCUUCCGAACAGAUAUUUUCCGAAAAUUGACGUUGGGUGGCCCUGAAUAGCCUAGGGAAAUCUUAGGGUAUAGACUGCUGUAAUGGCUUUGCUUCAGGAUAUUGGAUUGCCGCCCUUGGGCCUUGAAUUUUCCUUCAUUUAACUGUGGUCUGCUACUGAGUUAAUACCAUAAACCUAUAUGGCGUGUCUUUGCAGGUUGAAGAGGUAACUGCUGGUACUACAGGUGAGACCCCUACCGACCGUUCAUGGUUUUUUCUGUUCUAUCAAUGCAAUCUGGAAGAAUCUUAUAAAUAACAGCCAGUAAAAUGAGCAUAGUCUACCUGCGAUUGUUGCGGCUACUACUCAUUAUGUGUCCGCGAUUUAGUCCGACCACAUAAAAUAAUGUAUUAUUUGUUUUGACUGAACGAAAUUUUGUGAUUCCUUAGUUGGACAAAUUAUAUCCUGUCAUGGAACAAACAUAUUUGCAACUUCGAUAUACUCAUUUUGCCUAGAAAACGAUAUUCAAUACUGCGGUAUUCAAAUAAGCCAUGGUAGUUCGACUGCUAAAAUCAGUUUUUUUUCGCCAAGAACUUUUAGUGAUUUCCAACCUUAGUUAAAAUCUGAUCUUCUGAAUUAAUUAAUUAAUUUGAAGCGUAAAAGGCUAAACAAAAUGUCCAGUGAUUCAAGGAUUUGAUCGCAGAAAGCUAUUUUAAACCAGCAAUUGCCAUCGACUGGCCAUUUUUUCAAGCCCUGCUUUCGUCUUCUCCAUGUAGCUUCAAGUUCUCCAUAAAUCAGAUCGGUCUUAGUUAUGCAGGGUGCAUCCGAAACAAUUCCAAGGACCUUAUCUGUCAAUUUUAUGUUUUCAGCCUCUAAAGGAAAGGAAAGUGAUCUACAGCCAAUGAAAGGAACCACUCUAACCGACAUUUCAGAUUCAGGUAAACUUUACCUACAGUGUUGAGCCUUAUUUCUCUGCAUAGUCACCGUCCGAGUUAGUUGAGAAAUUAUUCAGAGAUUCUCUCGUUUUCGUCGUUUCUCUCUCGCCCCGUUUAAGAUAAACUGCGUUCCGCAAUCCCUGAAACUUUUGUUUGCGGAAUCCCAAAUUCUGCGCUUUGGAAUCCGGGAUUCAGCCCAAGUAAUCCAGAUUCCGGAAUUUACGUAAUUCCGCUAAUAAGGAAUCCGGAAUCCGCGAUUGUCUUCGGUUACCAUACAUGAGUCAAUCGGAUCAAUUCAGUUUUCUGACAAACUGCCCACCUACCCCUCCCCUAAGCCAACAUUUUGCCCGGAGUGAGAAGUAAGUGUUAAUGUUGACUUAGGGGAGGGGUAGGUGGGCAGUUUCUCAGAAACCUGAAUUGUUCCGGGGGAUCUCUCGCUACAAAAAAUGUCCCGGCUUAGAUGAAAACAUAGUGGAUUCGGAUGCGAACCUUUAAUAUGAUAUUGGGUAUUUCGGGACGUUAAAAAUAACUUCUUGAUUUGUUUUGGUCAUUCUCUAGGGAAACCAGAAAGUGGUGAGGGUGAGGAGGGUGACACAAGCAGUCACAUGGAUACUCAGGUGCUGUGAUAGAACAUAACAUGUCAUUAGUCCAACCCUUUUUCCUUUUUUUCCUUUCUGCCUUAUAUAUUUUUUUCUUUAGACAUCUACAAAAAACUUUAGAGUUUCUAACCUGUCAUAGUCUCUAACCUGCUUAGCAAGCGUUUCCGCGUGGUUUCGGAGCAAAGAAGGAACGAGAUUUUGAUUUAAGCCGCGCGGAAAAUGGAACCAAACCCGAGAAUCCCGUUCCUCGUUCCGCGGCUUUGCUCCUAAACCGCACGGAAACGCUUGCUACGCAGGCAACAUAGUCUCCUAAACUCUCUUCUUGAGAAAGUAGUAAUGGAAAAACACCUCUGUGCUUCUUCGGUUUAUUAGCUCAUCCGCAAAAAUCGUGUAGACAACUCCUCACUACUGUCCUUAUUCUUUUCCAGGAACAACAAGAGGAGAGCACCGAGCAAUCUGCGCCAGGUUCGCCUUCAUCCAACCAGAAUAAGGAGGGACUGUUUAAAGAACCUCUUAACGUGCCAGACACUGAACCUCAUGACGAGAAUCUGACAGAACAGACGCAUCACAUUAUCAUCCCUAGUUACGCCUCUUGGUUUGACUACAACAGGUUUGCGAAUAGUUUUAACUGUAGGGAUGCUUGUUUAGAGUACGACCUUCAUCGUAAACAGUCAGGGUUUCAAUAAGAGUUGGUAGCCGGCGCAAUUCGCCGGCUAUUUCACGUGAACUCGCAGCGUACUUUUCUUUAGAAAUUACCCCAGUUUAAAUAGAAUAUCCAUGUGCUGUAACCGAAUAAAAAAGUCAGAGUUAAUGAUGUCUGUGUUCUGUGUUCACACACUUUAAUUUUUGCUCCAGAAUGCCGGAAAUACAUCCUAAGAGGCCCAGAUUUCAAUUUGUUUUUUCCAGAAACUUGCGCUCGCAAGUUGCGCCUUUGACGCGAGUGUUUUUUGCUCUACCACCUACUCGAAAGCUUUUGACACCAACUUAAAAUCCUAUUAAAACCGUGUAGUUGAGCCCCCUUUUAAAAUAAUUGACUAAACAAAUAAUGAUGAUGAUGAUGUCCUUUUAAUGCCUUCGAUUGUAUAAUAUUAUUUUUUUUCUGGUUUGUUUUAGUGUCCAUGCCAUUGAACGAAGAGCUUUGCCCGAAUUUUUUAAUGGCAAAAAUAAGUCCAAGUCUCCUGAAGUGUAAGUACCUGCAGGAAAAAAAUAAUGAAUGAUAAUAACCCAGAUGCAGCUCGAUAGGAAAAACUAUAGCAUAGUUAUGUAAGGUAAUGAUAUUCAACUCAAGGUUGUUUUGUAUAACAUAGAUACAUCCAAACAUCAGAAAGGCCGAGAAUUCAAAGUCCAAUUUCAUCUUUACUAAAAGCUGCCUUCUAGUAUGUGUUACUCUCUUAAUACACGAUUCAUUAAAUCUUGGAUAUUUUAUUUAUUAUUUUAUUUUCCUCCAAUUUUAUAGGUAUUUUUAAUUUUUAGUGAUACAGUUAUUCAAACCCUACACAAAACUGAAUUCUGUUAUGGUCGUAACUGUUUUGUUUUUCAAGGUACCUUGCUAGUCGGAACUUCAUGAUUGAUGCAUACCGGCUGAACCCCACCGAAUACCUGACAGCUACAGCCUCCAGAAGAAACUUGGCUGGAGAUGUGUGUGCUAUUGUCAGGUACAUUAGAUUUACAUCCAACCAAUACUGUAGUCAUGUGUGUACUCGCAAGGGCGUGUUGUGUCAUUCAUAAACAAAUUGUACUUGUCAAAGUGCUAGAAAACGGGCUUUGUUUGUGCCUUACUUAUCAUACUUUCUACUCUUCCCAACUUUUUUUCGGGGCUCGAAAAAAGAAAACUCGAGUUUCAUUCAGCUUGUCCCUUGGGCAAGCAGCUCUUACGUAAUGCUUGCCCGGGGCUUCUUCUUGCUCGUUUUAAUUAUUAGUGAACUUACGCAACAGGACUGGGGAGGAAAGAAGACGGCAAACCUUGUGGGACAAGCUUGGCAAUAAUUGUGCUUGAAACAACUUUACGCCAAACUUCACGUUCCUUUAAAAAGGUAUUUUUGCAAAGACCUGAAAAUAUGUGGGAUGACGACACAACACGCAACUAAUUAUUCUUGAACAUUCGGCUCGAAUGCACAGGGAAACUUAAUCUCACGCAUUGAUUGAAAUUAAUCGAUUAAUAACUAACUCACCCAGUCUGGCAAGAAUGCCUUGCGCGUAACAGGUUAGUACUUUACUUACUUGUAUUUUGUUGUUCCUAAAAUAUUUUAGGGUGCACGCCUUCCUAGAACAGUGGGGUCUGAUAAACUAUCAAGUUGAUUCUGACGGCCGGCCUGCUCCCAUGGGACCACCUUCAACAUCACAUUUUCACGUGCUAGCAGAUACUCCUGCAGGUCUUCAGCCGCUUCAGCCCGCGAAAACACAGGUACCGCGUAUACUUCUUGUUCUUCGAUUGACCUCAGUGGAGCUUUCAGUAAAAUAUUAACUGUUGAUUCCUUGCAGCUCAAGGUCACGUGAAGAAUUUCCACAAAAAAGGCCACAAAAAAUGGUUAAUUAAUAUUGUCUGUAAUAUCUGCCAAUUGAAAAAUCAGGCGUGUUAACAAACCAACUAAGUGUGAAGCAGAUGUGCAGUUUGUAACUCGUGCGAAACGCGAAUAAAACGUAUGCAAGAGAGAUACAGGCGGGUUUUUGGUUGAAAAACCUCGAACAACUGCAUCUCCAGAUCUUAAUUAUGAUUCUUUCAGAUUCCAGCGUCGCAACAAAUGAUUCAGUUUAAAGACGACUUUGGUGGAAAAGAAACGCAGAAGAGUGGGAUAACUAGUGGAAACUUUGGGUAAGAGAUUUCUCUGUUAAUAUGUACAUGUAGGCAAGAAAUACCAAAAAAAUCCACUUAAAUGAUUAAGGGCCAGUUUAUAUGGAGGUGGGGGACCCCAGGGCCCGGUUGCAUAAAACGUCCGUAACAACUACGGGUACACGUACGUGCACUGGUAACUUAAGUCAGUUGUAUGAAACCACUUAAGUGGUCCACUUAGGGAAUUCACUUAAGUGAUUGCACUUACAAUUUUCGUAAGUGCUCACUUACGUGUCGUUUAUGCAACAGAAAUUGCGGGUGUUGCAUAAAACUUCUUUUACGGGCAAAAUAGCACGUAAAUUUACGGGACCUAUGUAGGUCCCGUAUCGUUACUGUUUAACGAGAUCUUUUACCGAGAAGUGAAAAAAAGUAUUUUUCUUCACGUAAUUCGUUCUAAUGCGCUUUGUUAACCUCUGAUGUACACUUUUGUGAAAAAAAGAAGAAGAACUAUCAUUUUCAGUAGAUAUUGAAGAAAAAUAACGUUUGCAUGCAAAUUUCAUGUUUUGAGAGGCUUAAAAGUGUUCGAAACGACUUUUAACUUUCUUUACACUCACCGAUAGCCAGCUUACCAAAAAAAGAGUGAAUCAUUAAUAAAGUACUAUAUCAAGGUUACGUGUUCCUUUAAGUGAGCCCGUGAGUUACCACGUAAAACAGAAACUUACGAGAGUGCUAAGUGCGUUCCAUGCAACACCCGUAAGUAUACCCAUAACGGAUUUGUAAGUGACCUUCUUAAGUGAGCACUUAAGUGCAGGUUUUAUGCAAACGGGCCCAGGUAGUAUUCGUAGUAUUUUAAUCUUGAAUUAAAUGUUAAACCGUUUUCGGUGGCUGUAGUUUUGUUGUUGUUGUUGUUGUUGUUGUCGUUGUUGUUGUGUUGUUGUUUGUGUUAGAUAGAGCGAUCUUCGUAUGACCUUGAAAUGGAAACUCGCGAACAACACAGCAACAACAAACGAACGGAAAUAGAGCGAUUUGAUUGGUUUGUCGAACGGAUACAAACGUGCGUGGCUUUUGGUUGGUUAAGCGAACGCUCGGGUGAAAAGACUUCACGUUCGAGAACUUUCUAGAAAUCAAUCGACACUUCGGUUUGACGUCAUACUGCAACACGUUUAGCCAAUCGAACAAUGCCUUCUCCAUAUUAGGGUUUUCUUUGGCGGGAAAACGAAGAGUCCAUGUUUUGAUCUUUCCAUCCACUGGCUGAUAAAACAAAUAACGAACACUUUCCGAAACCAUUUUUCAAGGUCAUACGAAAAUCGCGCUAAUGCGAUUUAUUAUAUAGACACGAGUGUUUGACUGGAAAAUAUACCACUCUUAAAAUUCAUAAAAACUACAUCCGGGACCCGAGUGGUUUAUUUUCCAUAAUCUCACACGUGAGUUUAUCGAUGACGUAAUUUCCCUCCAAAAUCUGUAGGCGUCUUGCGUCCUUUGAAUUGUAAUUACACAUUUUUCAAAGCUUUGCUUAUAUUUUGUCAUUGUAGAGCCCUAUUCUGCUCAGUGUUAUUUCUCAAGAUUAUUGUAAACAAUGUCUUAUGUUGCUGUACUGUAAAUAUGACUCGUCACAGUUACUUUUUGGCGAAUAAAAAUCUAUUAUUUUAUCGAUGUCUUUUUGUCUUUAUAAUAAAAAGAACAUUACACGGCGGCUUGAAGAUAUGAAUUUUAUUUUCUCAUGGCAAAAACAAUAUUUUACUCACUCGCUGCGCUCGUUCGUAAAAUGUUGUUUUGCCACUCGAAAAUAAAAUUCAUAUCUUCGCGCCACUGUGUAAUAUCCUCUAUGUAUGUUGUGGUUCGAUUUUACAAUAUGUCCUCUUUUUUUUGAUGCAAAGUUUUAAAAAAGAAUCAUAGUGAAUGAACCAUGGAAGGAUUUAAUGAAACCACAGCAUGUAUGAGAGCGUAUGCUGCUGAACAAGUACACCGGGCAUAAUUUUGUACGAGUAAAGAACUCAUUGUGGUUUUCUCUUUGUUCUUCUUUCAGACUUCGCUCAGACCAAUAUUUAUCAAAAAAGAGCCAGAAGGCAAGUACAUAAAUCUUUAACACUGAAAACGUUUGCCCCAGUUGUUCGGAAUGUAGAUUGUGCCGUCCACUAGAUAAAUCUCUAUCCAGUGAGUGAAGCAAUUCCUUUCCUUAAAACGUAACUUAUCCAUCGCUUGGUGAUUGGGCUAAGUAAAUAAAUUACAAAUGUUUCUUGUCCGGAUUUCCAUAAAAAAAGAGAGAGAGCGGGCGAAGGUUUUUUAUUAUUAUUAUUAUUUAUUUAUUUAUUUAUUUAUUACUUUUUAUAUAGUGGAAAGUGCACUUAAAUGUAGCUUAUCCAGCUAACUUACAGCACUCCACUCAAAUACUUAGAAACAAAUAAUUCAAAUACAACAUAACUGGAUUAAAAACCCCAACUGACAGAAGGCAGCCAGUUGGCUAUUUACAAGCGUGCCCAAGGAUUUGAACCCGGGACCGCCGGAUUGUGAGUCCGACGCGCUGACCACUCAGCCACGCUGCCUCAUGUCGUAAGUAACGACGGUUGGUUUUUUUUUUUUUCGCUCCAACGUUUCUAAUAACAAUAGACCAUUUUUUCAGUUAUGAAUGGAAGCGACGCUGAGGUUGACCUUGAUUUGAUCUUUAUUAUGUAAAUCAAGUUAUUCUUAUGCUAACUAGGAUUUUUCAAGAACGAUUUCCAUAACAAAGCGCCUCGCUUCCAUCCAUAACUGUAUAAUAGCCUAUUGAUAUAAGAAAGGGAGGCGGCCCCCAAAAAAUGAAGCGACUGGAGACGGGAAACAGUUGUUGUUUUUCGUUUCUUUAUUUUUUUUUUGUAUUGUUUGUUUGUUUCUUUGUUUUUACAUGACCUGAGAAUAACCGGGAGCUUUGGCAUAUGCGUUUCUGUGAGAUUCUUCUAAACCUCCACGUCAUUAUUAAUUUUUUUCGUUCAACUGAAUUGUAUGUACCUUACUUUUAAAUAAAUGUUUUUUUGAUGUCUUUUUUCAGGCAGCAACGGCUACAAAGGAAUGGACAGAGCAAGAGACACUGCUGUUGUUAGAGGUACGCGAAAUAAAUAACUUAAUAUAAGGUACUCAAAACAAGGAAAAUAUGAAAACUAACAGACAAACAAAAGCCGGUAGACUCGCCGAUGUCCUUAAGGGUGUUUUGUCAUGAUAUAACAAAUAAAAGCGUGCGGCGCCCUGAUUGGUCAAUAGAAACAAGUCGUUACGGCCCCUUUGCCGUGGUGGCAAAAAUUCACUGAAAAAGUGAAUUUGCACUGUUUCAAAAUUCAUCGAUCUUAUUCAAUUUCAUUUAAUUUGUCAAAUGAUGACGAAAUUUUCUGGGUUGAAUCCGAAUGGACCGUAUCUAAGUUUAGAAAAAAUAAAAAGACAUGAAUUUAGAAAGUUUCACUUCGCAGUUAGACUGUUCGCAGUCCUCUAUUUUUCCGUAAGAUCAUCGAGAUCGAGAGCUUUGCGUUACGGGCUACCCAUCUUGCAUGAGUGUCAAAACUACCUAGGGGACGGGGGCGGGGGCGGAAAAAUAGAGGAACCCUAACCCUCGGUACAUUUGAAAAUCACGGUAGCCGUGACAGUAAGACGCAGUAUAUCCAACCGAUCUCACGAAAAAAUAAGGGACUGUGAACAGUCUACUUGGCAAUCAGCUACGGCUAAGAAAAUGUACAAAAAUGCGUGAUGCACGUGCAAAGUGAUUGUUUUGCUAAAAUAAACCUAUUACUAUUUUUGCCGUUCUCUUUGCCGUCGAUGUUGUCCUUCCUUCAGCUCCCUCAUUGUUGUCAUCAAGAAAUUUUGCUACCAUGGUAACAUGACGUCACAUUUCUCAUGUGGGUGAAUGCUGAAGAAAACUAGCGCGCACAACACCUCCAGCAACCCUUGACGCCUCUUCCCGCUUAGCAACUUCCCGCAUGCAUCCAUGCUGUACGUUUUGCAUUUCUUAAUUGUAACACUUAAAACUAGUUACUUUCCAUUUUUUCAUCGUUGAAUUCAGGGUUUAGAAAUGUACAAAGAUGACUGGAACAAAGUGGCAGAACAUGUGGGGACGCGGACUCAAGAUGAAUGUAUUCUGCAUUUUCUUCGACUUCCAAUUGAAGAUCCAUUCCUUGAAGAUAUACAGCUGGGUGAGUGGAGUGAGUCCCGCGGGGGGGGGGGGGGUACUCCCCUAUAGAAGUGAUGAUGGUGCUCGUCGGAAAAUUUCGAGAACAUCCCUAAAAGGUACCAGAAUCUUUUUUUUUUUUAUUGGCGUGUCCCAAACUCAUUUGCACCUUUAAGAGGUACCAAUUCAACAACAAAUUAUAUAACUGGCACUGCAAAUUUUAAUGGUAAUAAAGAUAACUUUUGAACAAUUUCUUCUCAAGGACUUUUUGAAAGUAUUGUCAUAAAUCUUUAUCCUGAUCAGACAUUUUAGGUUUUAGCACCCUAAGCGGUACCAAUCCCCAAAUUUAAACCCCUAAUAGGUUCGACGAGCACCCCCGUCACUUUUAUAGGGGAGUACCCCCCCCCGGGAUUGAGUCCAAUACAAAUUUAACAACAUCUUAGCGAUUUUCUUCUCUCGUUGUUUGUCAGUAUAGAGCUUUGGUCAGUGAGAAUACCUUGGAAAAUUGUCGUCUAUUUACUAAUUAUUCCCUCUUAAAGGUCAGGGUUCUCAAUAGAUUUUUAAGUAGGAGGUGAUCACUGAUAAAGUAGGAGGCUCUUCAGCAAAGCCAGAGGUGUCAAAACAAAGCAAAGAAAAGCGACUUAAACACAAAGUAAGCGGCUAUAAAUCCCAAAGUAAGCGGCGAUCAAUCGCCGGGUGCCGCCUUCUAUUGAGAACCCAGAAAGGUUCGUUUCAAGUUGGGCUGUGUGAAGUCCGUUUUAAGGCUGUUUGAGGCCCGAAAGGACAGCUUGGGUUGAAUUUGUGAUAUUAGUUUUACAGUCCUACUUCGAUAUUCUUUCGCGUUACUGACGUGUUUGUUCAGUGACAUUCAGUGGAGCAACUGUUUUGAAAGUAUUAGAGCAAAACUGAAAUUUUCAUUUUUUUUUUUUUUUUCUCAUUUCACUGUCUUAAACAAGCCUCAAAAACUCACUGACCACGAAAGGGAAAAUCUUGUGUUUGACCGAAAUUGUGUUCCGAAAGGAAUGAUUGUAAGCCCGACACGAGUUUUUCAUUCAAAACCCCUUUGAUUGGGAACGAUUCAGAUUUUUCAGACACAAGUUCGGCUUUGGGGCUGUGAAUGUGCGACUCAGUCCAGAAGCAAACAAGUUUUCCUAAGCGAACGAGUGAAGCAAGCUAGGUUAUCAGGGAACGAUGGAAAAUCACUAUACUCUUCGAGUAGAGGCUACAUUUUCGCAGUAAUGGUAAACUGGGUUGUAGUCUUUUUCGCACGGCACCUGCCACCGCGAAAAUGUAAACUCUGCAAUGUCGACGAUUAUAGAAAUACGACCACAGUUAAAUUCUGUACUGAUGUAUUUCUUGUUCAUAAAUGACCUUCCAUAAUUCUCAAAACGCUGAGAGUGUUCUGAUCAAAGCUGCGUAAUUGACCGGAAUCAGUGCAGUGAAUCUUGCAUUUCCUGCUUUGUAAUAUCUCACCUCUUGAAUGUAAUAUGUGUGAAAAUCUUUAAUAUGAAUCGGUAUAUUUCAAACAGCUACACAAAGACCAAGGAUACAAUUGACUGACAAUAUACAGAGCGGGGCAGCUUUUCAAUGUAAAACCUAGCUAGAACUGUCUCUUUCAUUUGUAGAGAAUCCAAUUGUUUAAAAUCCGUUGUUACUGCUCUUCAGGUCCUUUAUCACACCAACCAGUGCCAUUCAGUCAACAGGGAAACCCCAUUAUGUCAACAGUGGCGUUUCUUGCUUCAGUUGUGGAUCCAAGGGUGGCAAGUGCGGCUGCCAAGGCAGCCUUAGGUAAGGAAAUACAAACUGGAAUGGUCUUUCGAACACUUAUUCUAUCUCGUUCUAUUCAUCAAAUGUUGGCCAGUUUUUCCGGAGUUGAAUUCUAAAGGACUAUGUCAAAGUUCACGAAAGGAAAAAGAGGGUCGUGCAAGGACGGCAAAGAAAUGUACAAAAAAGCGUGAUGCACGUGCAAAGUUGUUGUUUUGCUAAUCUAAACCUAUUGCUUUUUUGCCGCUCUCGUUGACGUCGCCGUCGUCGCUGCUUUAGGUCCCUAAUGUCUGAAAGAGUAACGGUGAGAGCCCGGAGGUGGACUGUGGCGAGGUUGCCAUAGAAACCUCCGUGCUGCCGAGGGGGGUCGCUGCCUCCUCUGUUGUUACCUUGACAACAACUGACCAUUUAAAAUUUCAACUGGCGUGGAAUUUAAUGUUAGUCUCCCUGUUAUAAACAGAGAAGUUCUCUGAGAUGAAGGACGAGAUCCCCCAGUCAGUGAUCGACAGUCAUGUAAAGAAUGCUGCCAAGGCACGGGCAGAGAAGGCAAAAAAGGAAAACUCGGAGGAAAGUAAAGGUAGAGUAAAAAACGAAUGCGAAUGAAAUAAGCAAGCGGCUUUCAAGUUUGUUAAUCAAAAGUUAGUCUGUGAGCAAGCUCUUUGGGGCGCUCUAGCGACGGGUCGUGAAAAGGAAGGAGACCUUGCAACUACUUCUCUGGAAUUUGAAUUCCACCUCCAAAUUCCCUCUGGCUCCUCGUCGACGAGCGCGAAUGUAAACAAACAUUGAAAAACACGUGCCAAGAGUAAUUAUGUCAUUAUUAAUGUGAUCUCCGCCAAUCAGCAUUUCGCAUCAACUUUUUCGAUGCAGAUAUUCAAAUUCCACAGACGUAGUUGCAGGCUCUUCUUCCGUUUCCCGCUCCGCCGCUCCUAAAUUACUAUGGUGAUCGAUUGUAAUGCAGCCACGGUCGGUAUCAAUUGAAUCUCCGUAUAAUCGACCCCGAGCAAGUUCUGCUGUCGAGUGUAAACCUUGCUUUUCUUUUUCCAAUUGUCUAGUUGUAUCGUUUUUCAAAGAAGCUUGUCCCUUGCUUAGUACAACCCAGAAGUGUGCUUAUUUACUCUAAUUUAUGGACACAAAUCCACGGUAUGUUUUUUUUUCUUUUUUUUGUCACGUUCAGACGAAACACCGCAGCCUAUGGAGGUUAAUGGCAGUCAACCGACCGCAUCUGAAGGAUCAGAGAGUGGAACACAAGAUGUUAAGGUUAGUGAGUUGAUUUUGAUUGAUGACAAGGUAUUCGCCCCAUGUAAUGGAAUUUGGAUUCCGGAAUCCAGCAAAGAUUUGCUGUAAAAUCGUGGAAUCGUGGCCUUUGGAAUCCGGAAUACAGCUCAAGCAAUCCCACGAACGAUCGGAAUCCGUAAUCCACAAUCCGUAAUCCAAGUUCCACUGACAAAGAAUCCGGAAUCCAGUACCUGGAAUCCAGUGUCCAGGAGUGUCAGUAUCAAAUUUUCCCCUUGUAUCAAUAUCAGGAUCAUUAUACGUCUUUGGGAAACUGCCCACCCACCCCUCCCCUAAGCCAACAUUUUGCCCCUAAAUGAGAAGUAAGUGUUAAUGUUGGCUUAGGGGAGGGGUAAGUGUGUAAUAAUAUUCCUAUACCGAACAUAUUGGUGAUGAGAACUGAGGACAUGAUCACAGAAGAGAAAUCUAAUUGACACUUGAGCAACUUCUCCUCACUUCUUUCAUAGGAAACGAAUAGGGACAGCAAAUGAGAAUUCAAGUUUUGAUAUUAGGGUUUAUUGAAUUAAUGUAAAAGUGUUUGUCUAGUAAUUUUAAGAAUCCAGGACAACGCAUGUAUUUGUUUAAAGCUUUUCGAUGCUAAUUGUUUAGUCAAGCAAUGGACUCAAGUUUGAACCAUGUUUUGCUACAAACAAAUAAAGAAUUGACGCAAUCAUCUCUUUGUUUACUCAUUAUGUUUAGAUGGAAGAUGCAUCAGAGAAGAGUAGCCAACCAGAAAAUGGAGAGAAAACCCAAACUAUUAAGGAAGAGAACAUCGCUAAAGCGGCCGCAUCUGCUCUGGCGGCCGCUGCUGUUAAAGCCAAGGUAACUAUUCUCGCUGCAUACAUAAUUAGUCCGUGACGCGGGCGGUAAGUAACUCCUUCAAAUUCCGUCGUGUUGGGCUAGCGCGCUAGUGGCAUGAUGCAUUGCGGCCUUUUUUUAGAAUUGCUUGGUGUUUGCCCCCCUUUUGGCCAGUUCAACGGAGUUCAGUGGAAGUGACUUAGAAGUUUCGCCCCUCUCACCUCUCGUGGUGGCGGUUGACGUCGCAUACUCUCAUUGUUCGACAUGCCUAUUGUCCUGGUAGUCGCGGCUUCCUCCCGUAACUUAAUUCCCCUUGUCGGGACAAUGGCUAUGCAGUGCAAAAUUGGGGAUUAGAGCGAUUUUUGCAGCGUAUUGCUACACCAAAAUUUAUGUGUUGUACUGAAUGGAGGCAGUUAAAACUGUCGGCGGACGUUUGUUCAUAUAUGAAUAAAGAUUAUUGAAUCUUCUCACGAAUGCGAAUAUUCAAGAUCCUUCCCUUCAUUGACAAGGGCCAGUUGCUCUGAAUUUCACAUCAGACCUGAUUGAGUGUGUCUUUAAGAUGAAGAGCGUUACUGGCAUGAACACCAGUUAUUUUAUUAGUGGUUGCAUCCAGUGGCAAGAGGUAUUGACCUAGGACAAUUGCACGAUGACGUCAUUUUACUACAACUACCAGAAUCCAUGAGUUUGUUGUUUUCUUGUGCAAAUUAAGGCUAUUGUUCUUUAAUCCUCAGCGGGAUUGACAAAUUUAAAUAACAAAGCAAAACCGAAAUGAAUUCUGGUAGUUGUAGUCAAAUAUCGUCAUCGUGCAAUGGUCUUAUUAGAUCAAAAGAGUCUUUGAGCUUUUCUGGCAAUAAGCUUAUUACGCUAGACAGACCUUCGAUACCCUGCUGUAACUCGAAAUUUGACUUCUGAUGCUCCUGUUCGCUUUGCUUUAUUGAGCCAAGAAUGCGGUUUUCUUUUUUUCUUGAAGCAUUUGGCUCAAGUUGAAGAACGGAAAAUCAAGAGUCUUGUUGCUCUACUUGUGGAGACUCAGAUGAAGAAACUUGAGAUUAAACUUCGCCACUUUGAAGAACUUGAGACGAUCAUGGACCGUGAACGCGAAGCGGUGAGUACAAUAUACUGUUUAUUUCCUUCCUUUUCGAUCAAGGAAAAGAACUCGAGUUCCAUGCCCCUUUGCGGUUAAAGUCUGUGAUCAGUCAAUGUGCAGAGAAACACUUGUGGUAAGAGAAGGAGGUGAGGCUCAUGAAUUCAUGCGGACGGCUUUGUAAUAUGGUGUAAUGGGCCCAUUGUAUAGUGCCUAUAAACUAGUCAAGAGCCCAACAAGAGCAGCAUGGCUCAAGAUGUGAGUUUAUGAUUAUGGUGAGACGAUGAAACUUCAGUUACACGCAAGGCAAGUUUCCUUCACGUGAUGUAAAUCAGAUUCUAACUUAUAAUGAAGGGUUGAACAAUAUGUAUGAGAAAUCCCUAAAAUGCAAAUGUACACUCUCAAAUUGUCCUUUACAAGAAGGCAAUUUCGUUGGUAACAUCCCUCACGAGGUGUCGGAAAGUUUUAAACGUUGGCGAAAGAGUCAAAUGGGGAACAUAUCGAUUUUCUUUUCUUUUCUUUUCUUUUCUUUUUUUUUUUUGUCAUAGAGUCACGUUGUACAGUAUUUUCUGAAAUGUUUUCUGAAAUGAAAGAAACAUUUUAAAGGGUCCCAUAUAGGAAUUUUUCAAUCCCGUAAUCCCGACCCAAAAUUUCGUUCAAUCUCUUGGCUAUGUGUGGCAUCCCACCCCCGCGCAUAUUUUCAAUCCCGAACCUCGCCCCGAUUUUGCUGCAAAAUACCAAAUCCUGAGCCUCAAAUAAGGGAAAUACCCGAUCCCGAACCUCAAAUGAGAGAAAGCUCGGAUCCCGAGCCUGAAAUAAGGGAAAUCUCGGAUUCUGAGCCUCAAAUAAGGGAAUUCUUGGAUCCGAGCCUCAAAUAAGAGAGAUCUCGGAUCCCAAGCCUCAAAUAAGGCAAAUCGCGGAUUCCGAGCCUCAAAUAAGGGAAAUCUCGGGUCCCAAGCCUCAAAUAAGGGAAAUCUCGGAUCCCGAGCUUCAAAUAAGAGAAAUCUCGGAUCCCGAUCCUCAAAUAAGAAAGAUCUCGGAUCCCAAGCCUCAAAUAUGGCAAAUCGAUCCCGAGCCUCAAAUAAGGGAAUUCUUGGAUCCCGAGCCUCAAAUAAGGGAAAUCUCGGAUCCCGAGCCUCAAAUAAAGGAAAUCCCGGAUCCCGAAAAGCUUGUUGGGGACCUUCAUUAUAAACCAAUUUUCCUUCUUAACUUUUGUUUUUCUCAGUUGGAAUACCAGCGACAGCAGCUUCUUGCCGAACGCCAGCAGUUUCAUCAAGAACAGCUUAAAGCGGCUGAGAUGCGCGUACGCGCAGCAGCUGGUCACUUGUCCCCUUCGGCUUCCUCCCCAGGUCAUCUUCAACCACAGCCACAGGUAUCCCAACCACAGCCUCAGUUUCCACAACGCCAACCACAACAACACAGGCCUGCCCAGCAAGCUCAACCACAGGGUUCCCAGACGGUAGUAGCCGGUCACAACGUACCUCAGGCGCCAAGUCCUUCUCCGCAAGGUAAAGAUUCCGAGUAACUGUCCACCUAUUCUUUCUUAACCAGGAGCCUAUCCUCACCCAACAUUUUUUCUUAAGUCACUCACGUUACGAGAGAAAACGUUUAAUGUGACACUCGACCUAUCUGCUAGACUUGCCGUUGAAGCGUUAUAUGCGACCAUUGCAAAUAAGACAUUUUAUAUAUACGAGAAAUACAAUACUGACAUGUGCGAACGCUAGAUCCAAACUUAUUUUCAAUGAAAUGGAUAGAAAAAUCAUACCCGUGAUGUAUUCUGUCUGUUCAUUGUUUUACUGGAUUUUUAGCUUGCGAAUACAGCGCUCUCUCCUCGCUAAUCGCCACGAGAGACGUUUCGUGGGAGAGACGAAAUUGUGUCCAUAUUACCUGCUUGAAAUUUAGUACUUAAAACCUUCAUUUAAUUUCUGCAGUGACAGCAAGCGGUCAGCCCGUGGGAUCCAAUCCGCCGUCUGCUUCCGCUUCCCCAGCCCCGCCAGUGAACCCCGGUUCAGUUCCCCCGGUGGGCUCCCAUCCCACUUCCGGCUGUAGCACUCCAGUCUCCUUUAUGGGCUCCAAUGCUGCAUCACCAGCGUCUGCCCCAGGAACUCCGAGUAAUCCUCCUUUAGGACAUGCUACCGCUGGCCAGAUGGUUCACGGGACAAGUGACAAUAGCAUGUCGAGUCCAGUCCCCCCUGCCACAGGAAUGAUGGAAUGAGGAAAAAACCGCAAUAAGGGUUCAAAGAAAUAUAGUGUCCA